AUGUUUAAAAGUGUUAAAAAAAUUUCAAAUUUAUCAAAAAUUAUAAUAAUAAAUCAAAAUAAUAUAAACUCUAGUGCCACUUUUUUAAAUAUUAAUAAUAAUUUAAAAUAUUUAAAUAUUUUACAUUAUUCAAAAAAUCAUCAUGAUUUUACAAAAAGAAACUCAUAUACACACAAGCAAGAUGCACGUGCUGCUAAAAGAAGAGAGGGUACCAGAGAUUCAGAAGAGAUGGGUGGUCAAGUUGUAGGACCAGGUGAUAUUGUCACUGAAACUAAUAAUCCAACCAUUUCAAAACCAAAUCAUAAACAUUCAAAACCAGUUACACACAAAAAGAAAUUAGAGCGUUUAGACCACCACCAUCAAAAAAAAAUUGAAAGAGAUUCAAAACAAAAAGAAGAACAGAGAUUAGAUUUGCUUGAAACACUUGAAAGAGAAAAAGAAAAUGAAGAGAAUCAAUUCUUUAAAAAAACUCAAAAGCAAAGAGAAGAAAAUGAAAAAGAAGAAAAAAAAGAAAAAGAAAAAAAAAUCAUUAGAAAUAAAAGACAAUCAUCAAAGAAACAAAAAGCAGCACCAGCCAGUUUUGGGUAUAGUUCAGAUGAAGGUAUCACCGAGUACAGUGAGUUUAAAGCCAAUCUUUCAGAAGAAGUCGAUACUGAAAUUACCUUUGAAAAAGACCUUUCAAUUUAUGACAGUAAACAUGGUAUUACAACUAAAGAGUUUGAUAUCUCCCAAAUCGAUGAAUCAAAGAUUAUUCAAUUAGAAGAUUUAUCAUUUGAUGAGGAUGAAGGAGUUGACAUGGAAGAUGAGAAUGAAGAAACUUUAGUUUUAACAAUGGAAGAAGCUCGUAAAAGAUUCAAUUUAAAAGAUGAAGAUUUUAAUGUAAUUCUUGAUCAACUCAAUAUAGAUGACUUUUUCAAAGUUAUGGGAGAUAAGAAAACUCCACAACAAGUACCAGAUUUAUCGGAAUCAUCAUCAACAUCAUCAUCAACAACAUCCCCAAAAAAAAAUCCAAGUGUAGCCGCUUUGAAUGAACAACAAAUAAAACCAAAACAACAAAAUGAAACAAGUGAAGCAAAUGAAUACUUGAAGCAGCUUUUUAAUAAAAAAUAUGGUUCAAAAGAAAUUAACCAAAAUCCAAUUACAAUUGAAGAGGUUUCAGAAUUUUUAGGUAAUUCACACUUGGAUGAUUUCUUUGUUGUUGAUGUUUCAAAUAAAUGCAGUUGGACUAAAUAUUUGGUUGUCGCAAGUUCAGACUCUACUCGUUUGCUUCAAAAUACUCAAGAUGAUUUAGUUGCCCACUUUAAAGAUCGUGCUAAUGUUGAAAUAGACCCAUCAAAUACAAGUGAUUGGUUGGUUGUAAAUCUAAAGACUGUUGUAGUACAUUUAUUCGAAACACAAAAAAGAGAAUAUUAUGACUUGGAAACUCUUUGGUCAACAAGAAGACAUAUCGAUUAUGGUAAAGAAGAAAGCUGGGAUGAUGAAAAGACCUCAAAACUUGAAGAAGAUGAUUAA